UCUCUGUGACGUGUCGCGGAGUCGCCCAUAGGGUUCGGUGUGGUGAGGGGGGCCUGGUUCUCUCUUUGUGAGAACAAGGGAGUGAGGGAGGAAGGAGGCCGAGGAGGAGGCCAGGACUGAGCAAGGACUAAAGUAAGACUGAAAGGGGAGGUGAGGGGUGGACUGGUUGGUGGCAGCAGCCUGUACCGGAAGCGACGGCGGCAGCCGAGGCGACGCACUGUGAGGCAGCUGCUUGACUAGGCCGCAGCCGUCAUGGCGAUGAAUUUUGGGGACCAUGCCAGCGGGUUCCGCCACAGUGAUGUGAUCAGGUUCAUUAACAAUGAAGUCCUCACGGACGGCAGCGGCCCAGCCUUUUAUGUGGCCUUCCGCUCGCGGCCGUGGAACGAGGUAGAGGACGGGCUUCGGGCCAUUGUGGCUGACUCGCAGGUGCCGCGCGCUAUCAAGAGGGCCUGCACCUGGAGCGCGUUGGCUUUGAGUGUGCGAGUGGCCGCGAGGCAGCGGGAGCAGAUGCUGUAUCACGUUCGGCGGCUGCAAAGGCAUGUGGAGGAGCGCCAGGUGACCUCCUGGGCUCUAACGUCCCAGUUGCAGCAGCUGCGCCUGGAGCAUAAGGUGGCGGCAACACAGCUGCACCUCGCGCAGGCUGCCCUGCAGCAGGCGCUGAAUGAGCGUGAUGGGCUGUACGGGAGGCUGCUCCAGGUCGAGAGGUUUCCCCAGGCCGCUCCACUGACCCAUGAAAUAAUGUCUGGGCCUCAAGCAGAGCAGAAUGGGGCUGCGGCAUGUCCCCUGGCUACAGAGCAGCAGAGAGAUAUGGUGGCCAUGGGGACACAGGCUAAUGCCCAGAUGCCAACCCCAACAGAUGCUCUUUAUGUGCCAGGACCUCUGAGUCUCUGGGCCCAAGGCAUGCAACCUCCUCUGCCAGUGCCACAUCCAUCCCCACUCCCACCACGAUUUCCAAUGAAAUCCCCAUUUUUGCCACCUCUACCACCUGCUGUAGUCAUGGGGGCAGAAGCAGCAGCAGUCCCACUUCAGAUGCCUCCUACUGAGAUCCACCCACCUUGCCCGUGGCCUGCAGUGGGCUUGCAGGAGGAGAUGGCCCCUCAGUGGUACCAGAGAAGCUACAUCCAGGAGGAAGAUUCCAAAAUCCUUCAGGGGUCAUUCCCCUUAGAAGACAGCAGAAGCCACAGUCAGGGAGAAAGUUCAGAGAGGUCCCAAAGAAUGCCCCUCCCUGGGGACAGUGGGUGCCACAACCCGCUGUCAGAGAGUCCCCAGGGGACAGCUCCACUGGGGAGCAGCGGAUGCCACUCCCAGGAAGAAGGUACAGAAAGACCCCAGGGGAUGGUUCCCCUGGGGAACAUAGAAAGACAAAAUCAGAAAGAAGGUCCAAAGAGGGCCUGGAGGAUGCGCACCCUGGUGUUUCGCAGGAGCCGCAAACCAGAAGGUUCAGAGAGGCCUCAGGGGACUGUCCCCCAGGGAGACAGAAGUUACAGCCAGGAAGGAUGUUCAGAGAGGGCCCAGGAAAUGGCCACCAUGGUGUUUAUCAGGAGGCGCAAACCAGAAGGUCCAAAGAGGCCCCAGAGGACUGUCCUCCAGGGAGACAGCAGAAGCUACAGCCAGGAAGGAAGCCCAGAGAGGGCCCAGGGGAUGGCCACCCCGGUGCUUAGCAGGAGCUGCAAACCAGAAGAAGGUCUAGAGAGACCCCAGGGCACUCCCCUGGGGGACAGCAGGAGCCAUGGUGUCAGAGAAAGCCCAAAGAAAUGGCAACGUCGGAGGCAGAAGGCCAAGAAACCAAAAGUGAAUAAAGUCUCAGGAUCCCAGCAACAGGAGAAGCCUGCCUCAUUUCCAAUUGCAGUGAAUUGGAAAUGCCCAUGGUGUAAAGCCAUUAAUUUUUCAUGGCGUACAGCCUGCUAUAAAUGCAAGAAAGCCUGUGUGCCAUUUGAGAGUGGAGGACAAACUCACUGAUUUCAGGAAGGUGGUGGAUUCUGGAUGGCUGAUGCUGAUUGUUUAUACCCUGGAGAAGCUGAAGUCAUGAAGCCUUUUCUUUUCCUUUUUGUUUCAUUCCUUUUCCUGAAAAUGCCAUGUAUGUGGCUGGGAGCAGUUGUGUGAUUUUAGAGUUAGAAGCUAUGUUGAAUUUUAGGAACAGUAUUUUCCUUUAAAAUGCUAUUAUUCCUUUGGAAACAAAUUUUAGAAACACCACACUUCCUUGAAAAUGCUAUUAAUCCUUUUGAAACUACUGUAAUGUUCAUGUUUUCUUCAUUUUGCUUUGUUGGCUUUAUAGGUGAGGUCCUAUUUUUGUAUCUCAGCUCCACCAAACUUGCUUGUUGCUGAGGAAGCUGAACCUGUCCCAUUAGAAGAUCUUCCUAGGCCAAAAGAAAUAACACCUCACUCCUAAUGGACCCACACCUCAGUGAGACUGACUGCAAACUUACUGUAUGCAGCAGAGAGGAGUAAGAGGAAGUCAGAGAAGAAGAGAUGAUUUGACACUCAUUAGGAGGAAAAGGAAGAGCAGAAUUGUUUUGUUAGAAUUGAAUUUUUCCAUUGGGACAAGGAAUUAACUUGGAAGAGUUUGGGGGUUUGUAAUGUUCAAUUCUAUAGAUGAUAGCAUUUCAUCUAUGAUUUUCACUUCAUUUAGAUGAAUUUCAUUUAGUUUGUUAAAUAGUUAUUGUCUAAUAUGUGUUAGGAGCUAGACUUAUAGGUUGUUAUUUGGUGCACAGAUCAUAAUCCUUGUUGCUGAGUUGGUUAGAAGAUAGGAGAGAGCGUAAUUUGGGAUACAAAUUAGAUCAGGGGUAUCUUCUUUGCCUUGCAUGUAGUGUUGCCUUAGGUAAAACCAAUUUAAAUAACAUCUAGAUCCAUUUUUGCAGUUGUGUGGGCAAUGUGAAAGAGACUUGCAUGAGAGGUCUUGAGUAACCAAACUGCUAGUCUCAAUGGUUUGCAGGUGAGACAAAUAAGCAGUGGCAAACUUCAGGAAAGUGGCCUUACAGAAGUGCAGGCAGGGCUUUUAUGAUUUUCUGCUGAUUUCCUCCUUUGAGAGGGACAGAUAUUUUCCUGGCUGCCCAUAAGCCUGCCUGAAAGACCACUGGGGUGUCUUGAAGAAAGACAGUGCUCUGAGGAGUAUUCACUGCACACUCCAGCCCUCAGCCUUGGGCUGCCCCCAUUCCAAGUCCCUUUCUAGUCAAUAGGUGGUUGAAGAACAAAAUGGAUUUCAAGGACAGACAGACAGACAUAAGGGCUGUGGGCUAUGGAUGGUGUUUCUCUUGGGAGGACUAAUUGGGUUAAAAAUAAAACUGGACUGGGGCGAGCACUCUUGGGAAUGCCCCUGGACCCUUCCUCUUUGGUGUGUUCUCUGCAGGCUCCCCCAAAGCAGCUGUUGCAAGGCAAGGCGGGAUCCAGGGUGAAGCUCAGGGGUGGUGGGUUAGAUCUGCCUCCAGUACAAGCUAAAGAUAUCUUCAAGUUUCCCUGUGAGAUCCCACCCAGCUCACCAAAAUCAACCUUUGUCGGGGGUUUUCUGAUCCUAACUAGUAAUAAAGAGUGUGCACUUGA